AUGGCUGGACUAGAACAAUCACUCUUUCAACUUAAGUUUACUGCAAAGCAACUCAACAGACAAGCUACAAAAGCUGCAAAAGAGGAAACUUCGGAACGAGCCAAGGUUAAAAAGGCACUUAGUCAGGGUAACAACGAUAUUGCCCAACUUUAUGCACAAAACGCCAUCCGCAAAGCUAACGAGCGAGUCAAUCUACUCCGGCUCAGUUCGCGGAUUGAUGCAGUGGCGCUGCGUGUGCAAACUGCAGUGACAAUGAGGUCAGUCACUGGUAACAUGACUCAAGUCAUUAGGGGUAUGGACAAGGCCAUGCAAUCAAUGAACCUUGAAAGGAUAAGUAUGGUGAUGGACAAGUUUGAGACCCAAUUUGAGGAUUUGGACUCGGCAACCAACUACUACGAGACUACAACAAACAAUGUUAGUGCACUUACAACGCCACAAGAUCAAGUUGAUGAGUUGUUGAACCAAGUUGCUGAUGAAGCGGGAAUUGAGAUGAAGCAAGGCUUGAAUGCCGCGAGUGUUGAUGUGCUGACACCAGUGCCGAAUGCCGUUUCUGAAGAAAAAGAAGAUAAAUUGGCUGAAAGGUUGAGAGCAUUAAGGAAUUGA